CCCUCACUAGGGGACCUCCGUUCGGUAAGCAGCCAGAGGCUCCACUUCCUUCCUCGGAGCAUGAUGGCUGGAGACGAGGUUGGAGUGACUCUGGGGCAGCCGCAUCUUUCUCGCCAGGAUCUCGCUACCUUGGAUGUUACCAAAUUGACCCCACUCUCACAGGAAGUUAUCAGCAGGCAAGCCACAAUUAACAUAGGUACAAUUGGUCAUGUUGCUCAUGGAAAAUCUACGGUUGUAAAAGCUAUUUCUGGAGUUCAUACAGUCAGAUUCAAAAAUGAAUUGGAAAGAAAUAUUACAAUUAAGCUUGGAUAUGCUAAUGCCAAGAUUUAUAAACUUGAUGAUGCAAGUUGUCCUCGGCCAGAAUGCUAUAGAUCCUGUGGAAGUAGUACACCUGAUGAGUUUCCUACAGACAUUCCUGGGACCAAAGGAAACUUCAGAUUAGUCAGACAUGUUUCCUUUGUUGACUGUCCUGGCCAUGAUAUUUUGAUGGCUACUAUGCUGAAUGGUGCAGCAGUAAUGGAUGCAGCUCUUCUGCUGAUAGCUGGUAAUGAAUCUUGUCCUCAACCUCAGACCUCUGAACAUCUGGCAGCCAUAGAAAUAAUGAAACUGAAACAUAUUUUGAUUCUGCAAAAUAAAAUUGAUUUGGUAAAGGAGAGUCAGGCUAAAGAACAGUAUGAACAGAUACUUGCAUUUGUACAAGGUACAGUAGCAGAAGGAGCUCCUAUUAUUCCAAUUUCUGCUCAACUGAAAUAUAAUAUUGAAGUUGUCUGUGAGUAUAUUGUAAAGAAAAUUCCAGUACCUCUAAGAGACUUUACUUCAGAACCUCGACUUAUUGUUAUUAGGUCUUUUGAUGUCAACAAACCUGGCUGUGAGGUUGAUGACCUUAAAGGUGGUGUGGCUGGUGGCAGUAUUUUAAAGGGUGUAUUAAAGGUGGGCCAAGAGAUAGAAGUCAGACCUGGCAUUGUUUCCAAAGAUAGUGAAGGAAAACUCAUGUGCAAACCAAUCUUUUCCAAAAUUGUAUCACUUUUUGCAGAACACAAUGAUCUUCAGUAUGCUGCUCCAGGGGGUCUUAUUGGAGUUGGAACAAAAAUUGACCCCACUUUGUGCCGGGCUGACAGAAUGGUAGGACAGGUGCUUGGUGCAGUUGGAGCUUUACCGGAGAUCUUCACAGAAUUGGAAAUCUCCUAUUUCCUACUAAGACGACUUCUAGGUGUACGCACAGAAGGAGACAAAAAAGCAGCAAAGGUGCAAAAGCUCUCUAAGAAUGAAGUGCUUAUGGUGAACAUAGGGUCCCUGUCAACAGGAGGAAGAGUUAGUGCAGUCAAGGCUGAUUUGGGUAAAAUAGUUCUCACUAAUCCUGUGUGCACAGAAGUAGGGGAAAAAAUUGCCCUUAGCCGAAGAGUUGAGAAACAUUGGCGUUUAAUUGGUUGGGGUCAAAUAAGAAGAGGAGUAACCAUUAAGCCAACAGUUGAAGAUGACUGAACAAUACUGGUUAAAUAAUACACAUGGAUAGAGUUGUAAUUUCUCUUAACAGCCUGGGGAUAUAAUUUCAAAGUGAUGUUGGUGAAUAUAUUCCAAAAUUCAUUACUUUAUUAGAAGCUGUAAGUUUAUUCUCAUCUUGUGAUGAAGGUUUAACUUCUAAAUAAUAGAGUCUACAAUAGAUGUCAAAAUUGUUAUACUGCUGGAUUUAAUACAUUUUAGCAGAAACUGAGUGUUGCUAAACAGUGUCAGAUUUAUACAUCAAUUCAUGUUUGAAAUGAAACAGCUACUAAAACCAAACUUUGCUAAAGAAUACUUAUCACUGAACCUGUUUAAAAUAAAGUUUUUUCUUCUUA